UCUGCCCAUUCUCUCCUCUUCCUCUUCCAGAGUUUAUUCACUUCCUGCAGGGACUCAGAACCGAGUGAGGAGCUGAAGGACCGCUCUGAAUACAGGAGAGGUUGGAAAUUGCAGAAAGAUCCUGAACGUUGCUGAAGGAAUAACUACACAACUAUGGAAAGGCAGCAUUGCUCAGCACAGGGAAGGUUCAGCGGUGAGACCGACGUCUGGAAAGCGGUUCGGUGAGGGGAGCUUUGGCAUUUUAUCAGAUCUGUAACUGCUCAGUGACGUUGAGUCUUCCAUCAGAAUUCAGAACAAACUUUUCCAAAGGUUCAACUGUUGGCAGUUGGGUGAGGCUUGGAAGAGUCUGGCUCUGUUCCAAGGUGUGGUCAGAGCUUUGUUUAUUCAUCAAGCUUCAUGAACUGACUCUUUCCGACAGGUGAGAGGUUGUCCAGGUGUGAGGAGGGUUUGCCUGACUCCACAGACUUUCUGCACCCGUUGUAUGACUGUGUGAACAAGGACUGCUACAUGGAAGAGAAACCUUUCAAGUGUGAACUGUGUGACAAAUCGUUCUCGUGCUCAUCUCACUUUCUGAUCCACCAGCGCACCCACACAGGGGAGAAGCCAUUCACUUGCGAGGUGUGCGACAAAUCAUUCUCUCAGUCAUCACAUCUCCACAGGCAUCGACGCAUUCACACGGGCGAGAAGCUGUUCAGCUGCGAGAUUUGUGACAAAGCCUUCACCCAGUUGUCCAAUCUCCUGGUCCAUCGGACAAUCCACACGGGAGAGAAACCCUUCAAAUGUGAGGUUUGUGAUAAAGCUUUCCCAACAUCGACGAGGCUCCUGAUACACCAGAGUAUUCAUACCGGAGAGAGUCCCUUCAGGUGUGAGUUGUGUGACCAAGCCUUUACACAAUCAUCAGCACUUGUGCAACACCGACGUGUUCACACUGGGGAGAAACCAUUCAAGUGUGAGGUGUGCGGCAAAUCAUUCUCACGCUCAUCUCAUUUUCGUGCACACCAACGCAUUCACACUGGGGAGAAACCAUUCAAGUGUGAGGUGUGCAAAAAAUCAUUCUCCCGCUCAUCAACGCUCCGUGAACACCAACGCCUUCACACUGGGGAGAAGCCGUUCAAGUGUGAGGUGUGUAAUAAGUGCUUUGCACAGUUGUCAGGCUUGGUAAGUCACCGUCGCAUUCACACAGGCGAGAAGAAAACAUUCACAUGCGAGGUCUGUCAUAAAGAUUUUGAGCAGUUAUGGAGCAUGUUGGAUCAUCGUCGCACUCACCCAAUGGGUGGCCAAGUCAAGUGUGCGACUGACUCCUCACACACUCAGUAACACUCAUGCAGCACUGAUGCAUCCACACUGAGGAACGGAUGUUUAAAUGUGAGAUGGUUCAUCAAAAGCUUCACAGUCAUUGUGAUUCACUUGUGAGGUGUGUGAUCCUUUGCACAGUCACUGAGGGAUAUUUGUGAAACAGACACAUUCAGACCAGGAGGGAACUGUUAACGUGUGAGACAUUUAACAAGGGCCUGUGAUAUCACUAGCACACCCACAGCAGAGAGAAACCAUUUACUUGUGAAAUGUGGGUCCGAAGGGUCACUUGCCGACGUUCCUGGUCCAUCAGAGGAUCCAGCCAAGGGAGGGGGAUUUACAACAGAAUUCUACUGAAGCCUUCAAAUCUCCUGGGACACCAGCCGACUGACACAGGCGAGAAGGCCUUCCGUGUCGAUGUUUCUGAGGCAGUCUUCACCCAACCUUGUGAUCUCCUGAAGCAGCAGAGGAUGUGUAUCAGUGGGGAACCGUUCAGGUGUGAGGUUUGAAAGGACAGUGUAUCUCCUGAUCCAUUUGAACACUCACAUGGGGAGAAAGCUGACUUGUGUUAUUUCUGCAAUGAAGCAUUGACACUUUGGGACCAACACCAAAUCCACACGGCGACAAAUCCUCCCAGUGUGAUGUGUACCAGAAUUGUUUUACCCACUGCUCCAUUCUUUGGCACACACUGACAACUCGACACAAACUUGGGGCCAGAUCACUGUUCUGCUGAACAGAGAGUUGUCUGUUGUUUAGCCUCCAGUGCUUACACAGGAGAACUGUUAUUUCACAGCAUUGUCUGUCCUGGCGAUGUGUCUCUCAAAACCCUCCCAACAUCAGUCCGAUUGUGUCAAAAUCCUGAAUUAAAUUUUAACCAGCAGUACACAAUCUUCUGCAUAAAGUCAGCAUCUGCUCAGUGUAGAAUCAGGUAGGAGUCACUCACUGAGUCUCCGUCUGGCCAAGAGGAGUCAGAUACUCAGUUGUUACAAACAGUUCAGCUUCUGAUCUACCAGAAGAACCAUCUGGGAUGGGUAACGUUCCAGCGGGAGUAAUUAGGAACAUGAAUGGGAAAGAUUUAGAGGGAUAUGGGCCAAAUGCAGCCAAAUCAGACGAGAUGAAUUUAGAAUGUCUGACUGGCAGGGACCAGUUGGCCAAAGGGUCUGUUUCCGUACUGUACAUCUGUGACUCAAAUUCAUUUAGCUUUAGCAUCUCUGGGGUAUGGAGGGAGGGAAUCAGUCAGGAAUCCUGUUCCACAGCAGCCACACCAACUGGGAAAUCAGGGAAAGGGGCAAGAUAUGUCUCACAUUAUUCACUUUCUGGGUCUACAGUUGCUGAAUGGCCCCUCAAGGUAAUCGAUGUCGCCAGUCUGUACUCUCGCUGAGAACUGGAGGGAAUCAGCCUGCGUUUGUAAAGCAUGUUGAGAUAGUAAACAUUCCCCAAAAUGUUCCAUCAAGAUGCAAUCAAGCAAAGUAACACCAAGACAGAGAAAGGGGGAGUUAAGGAGAGAGAAAGAUUCAGGGAGGAUUAAGGAGGGAAUUGUAAAACAUUGAACUUAGCUGUUAUUGGUUGGGAGAGGAUGUGUAGAAAUGUACUAUUGGCCAGAACGUAAGGUUUCCAGAGAACUUGGAGAAAACAAUAGACAAUAGGUGCAAGAGUAGGCCAUUCAGCCCUUCGAGCCUGCACCGCCAUUCAAUAUAAUCAUGG